GCCAGAGGAACGAAGACAACAGCAGGCGGAGGUCGCAGUUGCUGCUGCUGCUGCUGGCGCCGAUUGUCUUCGUCAUCGCCUCUGUUUACAACUCACACAACACAAAAAAUACACACAUACGCUAGCAAUCACAAUCAUUGUAUUUAUAGCAUUGACGCACGGUAAUAUAUGAUGGCGGCGGCGGGGGCCGUGGUGCUGCUGCAUCCUCCUCCUCCGCCGGCUGGCUCGGGCUUGGUGGUCGUAUGGGAGUGGCUGAGCGAGCAGCAGCGCUGGAGGCCGUACAGCUCCCGCGUGUGCAGGCACAUCGAGACGGCUAUCGGGACCCGCGGGGCAGGAGGUGGUGGAGGAGGAAGCACCCGUGGCGGUGGCAGCGUGGUGCUCGGGCAGGCUGAGCCUCUCCUCGCCUCCUAUAUCAUCGAUCUGAAAUCCAUGUGCCAGUUCCGCCAGGAUACAGGCACCAUGCGCCCGAUCCGCAAGCGCUACUUCCCGGUGGACUCGGCGCCAGGCCGCGGCAUCGUGUGGAAGUGGGAGCAGGACGGUGGCGCGUGGACGUGCUACGAGGCGGACCUGUGCGCCGCGCUGCAGGACGCCUACGAGCGCCGGCGGCCGGGCCUCGACCUGACUGCGCUCUCGGGCCUCCCCUACUACGUCGACUUCUCCAACAUGUGCCAGAUCAACCCGCGCACGAACUUCCGCCGCCGCAUUCUCGUCACGUACGAGGCGCCGUACCCGCCCGCUUCAAGCCCGCCGCCGCCUCUUCCAAUGCAUCCGCAACCCCACUACCACCACCAGCCGCAGCACCACCAGCACCAGCAGCAGCAACAUCACCAGCAGCAUCAGCAGCACCAGCAGGCGGGCGGUGCUGCGUUGGGACACAUGCAGUUCGUGGCGCAGACGCUGCAGCCCGGACCGGGUGCGGGUCAGGGAAAUGGUUCGUCGCACAGCAGCGGACCGCUGGUGACGGCCGCUACCUCGCCGGUGCCGACGCAGGCGGCGGCGGCGGCGUCGUCGUCGCCGGGCAGCCCCGUGCCGCACGCGCAGUCGACCCAGGCGUGGCCGCUGUCGUGCGGCUGCCAGCAGUGCCAGGGCCGCCCUCCGACGCAGAAGCGCAAGGCGAGCCAGUCCGGCAUGCCGGUGCCGGCGGCGGCCGCGCGCCCGGGGCCCCCGCCGCUGUCGCCGACGUCGUCCGUCGCCGGUGUCGGGGUGCCGAUGCCGCAGGGCCUGGGUCCGGUCGUACCCAUCAGCAGGAUGGGGCCAACGGCCAGGGGUGGCCCAAUGAGGCUUGCUGCUGCGCUGCCACCACCAGGGAUGCCUUCACUUCCAGGAAAUGCAAUGAACCUUCCAAUAUCUCUGCAGUCUGCAUUUGCAGCCGGCGGGGGGCUGCUCCCCAUGACUCGCGCCCUCCCUAAGCAUCUCUUCCAUCCUCCAGCCGUGAGCAAAGACGAGCUGCGACCCGUGCCCGGCGUCUCUGGCACCUGCCGCAAGAUCAAGAAGUCCAAGGGCAAGAAAGGAAAGAAAUCACCUGAAGAUGUGGUGAAGAAAUACCUGCAAAUGAUGAAAAACCCACCGGAUGAGGACUGCACCAUCUGCAUGGAGCGCCUCGCCGUGCCCUCGGGCUACGAGGGCAUGACGGGCUGUACGGGCGUGCGGGCCGACGGGCUGGGCCAGCUGGGCCGCUGUGGCCACGCGUUCCACCUCCUCUGCCUCGUCGCCAUGUACAGCAACGGCAACAAGGAUGGGAGUCUGCAGUGCCCGACGUGCAAGACGAUCUACGGGGAGAAGACGGGAACUCAGCCGCCCGGCAAGAUGGAGUUCCACGUUAUUCCGUUCUCACUGCCCGGCCAGCCCGACUGCCACGCCAUCCGCAUCAUUUACGACAUCCCAUCCGGCACCCAGGGGCCAGAGCAUCCAAACCCGGGCAAGAAAUUCACGGCCCGCGGCUUCCCCCGCCACUGCUACCUGCCGGACAGCGAGGAGGGACGCAAGGUGCUGAAGCUGCUGAUCGUGGCGUGGGAGCGGCGGCUCAUCUUCACGGUGGGCACGUCGAGCACCACGGGCGAGGCGGACACCGUCGUGUGGAACGAGAUCCACCACAAGACGGAGUUCGGCUCCAACGUGACGGGCCACGGAUUCCCCGACCCCAACUACCUGCAGAAUGUGCAGGCCGAGCUGGCCGCACAGGGCGUCACCGAGGCCUUGCUGCUCGACUAGCGUGCGUUCGGGCCCCGCCCCCCACCGGCCCCCCCCCUCCCGCCCCCCUCCCGCCCUCCGGCUCCCCACCCGCCCUCCUGCCACGUUCACUUCGAACUCGGGCCAGUGGCAGCGGCCAAUUGACCGAGAGUCGAUGGUCGAGACCACAGGGGGGAGUGAAGCUUUGCCCACGUCCGUGGCCACUCCUCCCCCCCGGGGUUUGAUCUCACGUUCCUCCCGUGCCGACUCUCUGUCAUCUUUACUCUCUUCCGAGUCAUCGCUCGCCUUUUGUCGUAACCUCUCGAGGACCUGGCACUUAUUAAUCGAUCAGUCAUUAAGACCGUCCUUACCUUACAGCCUUGUACAUGCGCUUCGCUGUUGAAAUCGUACCUCCCCGCUGUGAACCCCACGUUCGACAACUGCGUUUGUGUGCAAGCGAAAUCCGGAAGCCCCGGUGACUUUGCUUUUUGUUUGUGCUCUAAGGCUGCGAUGGCGCAGACAGCGGUGGCUGCUGCUGCUUUGCACUGAAGCUUUCGGGGUGGGGUGGGGGGGUGCGUGCGUGCAUUGCAUGAUCACAUCAGCACAUCAGCAGAGGAGAUUUGGAGCCGCGUUUGACGGCAUGAGCGCUUGAGUUUUGGAGGGAGAUGGCGAAGGGGGGGGGGGGGCCCUUUUGUGUUUCAGGGCGGCGGCAAGCACUGUGUGAAAUGGCCCGUGGUGGACAGGAGGGGGCGUGCGCUUGCGCGUGUUACAGAGAAGGCUUCUACGCAAGCGCGAUGGCGCUGGGAACGAGGUGGUGCGGAUCUGUCGAGCUGUGUCACGCCACGCCAUCGCACUGCAAGAUGGUGGCGCGAUGUGGUGUAAUCAUAUCUGCUGUGUUUACAUCUUCCGAUGCCUCGCAAUCCCCGCGCACGGCCGCAGGAGCAAAAGUAAACCUGGGUCUCGUUGCGAUGAGGUCUUAUGUCAGAAGUACGUCUCGUACCUCUGAGUUACUAGCAAUGUUUUCUUUGUUGAGAAAUGAAUAGUUUAAAAGAUUUGAGGAAGAGGUUAAGAAAUACAAUACCUUAUGACGUAUAUGAGUAUCCCUGACUGGGAAAUAUAUUGUUCAUCUUUGCAGAUGGCGCACUGUGUACUAUAAAGCGGAAAGUCCUUUGGCUGCAAGGGGCGUAACCUCAUGCGAGAGAAGCGGCAGGGGCGUACAGAAUUAUUCCCGCUCACAAGACGAGUCUCGUUUUUUUUUUUAACUCGUCCGCCUGCCCUUCGCAGCAAACGCAGAAUGUUCAGGCGGUCUCGUGUAAUUCUUUUUGGUGUUGUACAUUAAUCAUAUUUUUGGUUUCGCUUUAAUUUGCCGCUUUGUGUGCAUGAAGCGCAACUCGCUGGCCGAUUGAGGGCCACGUAUGUUUUUUCUUGUUGUUGUGGUGGACAACAAAGCCGGUCACGGUUAUGCGUCCUUAUCCGUGUUUGGUGUUUGUGUUAACCUCAGUGCUCAGUUUGAACUAUCUCCCAGCCUUAACGAUAAAUGUUGGAAUCGCGUAUAGUGUACUGUGCAUAGUUAUUAGUUGUCAAGCUGGAACUUCGAUGCCUGGCGACAGAUUGUGACCACUCGUCUGCCCUGGGACUUGUCAUCACUUGUGUGUGUGUGUACAGCUGCGGCGUCACUCUGUGCAUUUGCAUAUUAUCCCAGAGCCAAUUUUCCCCCGGCACGCCUUUUACAAUUUGAGUGCCAUGCGCCGUUAGCCCAAGAUUGAAAGGUCAGGCAUGUGCACAAGGCCCCACCUCUGUUCCAAAAUGCAUGAUAGGGUGCCACUCAAAAUUAAUGCUUGUUAUUUCCGUGGUCAUGCUUCCUGGUUUCAUUCGCUUGCCUGUUAAACCGAAGCGCUGCGAGUCUGAAGACAAUCCCUUUUUAUUUACUGGUUGCUCGACGGAUUUGAAUCGAGCAUUCGCAUCGUACGUAGCCAGCCGUGCUAAUCGGAGGUGCGUAGUAAGAGGAAACUAUGCAGAUCAAAGAUAAUCCGGAGGAACCUUUAAAUAUUAACAGGUUAGAAUGGCAUUCAGCAGUAGACUUUUAACACCAAAGGUAACAAAUGGAGAGGUUGUGAUCGCAGAAAAUGUAGACUUAACUUUUCCGUAUGCAUAUUGAGUGGCACCCUAAUGCAUGGCUUCUAAAGAACGUGUCUUUGAGAUGCGCGCCCUAUAGCCCGACCGCAGGGUUAAUGCAAGACGAACGGCUCGUCGCCUCUGCUCUGCGGAGGCGGGGGGGCGAGCUUGCGAGUCAGGGAAGGUGAUGGCGAUGGAGGCCGUGCUCCGUCGGCACUUGGGUGACGCUCGUAGGCGUCGGCGCGUGGGGAGGGAGGGCUGUCGACGGCGCUUUAUUGACGGAGCCGCUCCACGUGUGGGACCCCAUGGAUGGAUUUGAGUGGAGAUGUACAUCUGACGAGAUGCGACGUAAAAGACCGAGAUUGACGCCGUCGCCGCGGUUGAUUGUCCUCGAAGUGAAGCGCAUUUGUGGUGGUUGGUGGUGGUUGUUGGUGGUGUUUCUGCGCUCGUGGUUACAACGACGCAGGGAAAUUAUCAGUUGCGACAAUUUCGUGAUAAUGAGUUUGUGCUUCAAAUCGUAAUAAUACAACUAAAAUAAAAAGUUAGAAGAUAAUUGUAAAGAAAAAUUAUAUAGCAAUAAUACUAAUAACGAGAACAAAUUAUAUCGUAAUACUAAUGAUUAACGUGUCUGUUGCGGCGGAGGAGAAAGAUGACCAACAUCUGCACCGUGUCAGGGGCUGUGUGCGCACGGCCCGCUUGGCAGUAAACGUCCCUGCUGAAUGUGAGAUCACGGAAAUCGCUCGCUCGCGUGACUUUUUGAAAAAGUUAAGCACGAAACUCUCUUAGAUUUCACCUGCACCGUCCGACGAACGCUACGCACAGAUGUGCCAUCGCAUUGUUUAAUGGACAUGAAUGUGACUUUUAACAGCACAAUGUCGUGCGUGCGGUUAGAGGUGGCUCUUGUGUUUCUCUCCAUUGGUCGCCCGCAUUAACGACUUUCUUCCUGUAACCUUCCGACCGAUGGAGGACUUGUUCCGCAGAGGAAUGAACCGACGAUUACUUUAAGCGGGAUAUGUUGAGCCUUAAAGGCAGCACAGUGGAGGAGGUUGUUCAUUUUUUAUAAUGUUUUUUCGCAAGAUUGUACGAAAAUGUUUAACGGGGGGGGGGGGGGGGGCGGGCACGUGGUAAAAUGGUAAAAAUUACCCAGCAAACGCGGUACGCGAUUUGUUGAGAGGCCUUGUGUUGCUCUGACUGGAGGGUUUGCUCAGUGAUUUCCUGAGAGCAUGUUUCAGUUGCGUCUUUGUUGUUUCGCUUUGUUUUCCAAUGGUUAUCGGGAGUGCGAGAAUGCCACUUUUGUGUGGAGGGGUGGCCGCGUGGCUCGAGGUGUCGUAGCAAUUGAGCCCGGCACUGUUUUGUCUUCAGCCUGGUCAACCAAUAAUUGCACAAAAAAAGCCUCGAUGGUUUUUUUUUUGUAAUAAAAAAAAGUUCCCAUUCGAUGCCAUGCGGGGUGACCGCUUUGCAGGACGUACGAGAAUGCUCCACUUAGUGCCGGAUAAGACAACUCGGGUGACUUAAAAAGUUGACGCGUUUCCUCUUCCCCCCCCGCUGCGCAUCUGAACCGAGCCAAGGUAGCGCCGCGUGUAUCAGGACAAGGCAGGUUGUUUUUCCACUGUAAAAAGCCGAGCCGCGCCGUUGACGUCACGAUGAAUGAGUCGUGCCGCAUGCGAAAGACGCGGUAACGUGUCCUUGGUGUAACCUGGCCGAUGUCUCGGACAUGUUGUUAGCCUUGCCCCCCCCCCAUCCCCACCGCUGGGCCCAGAGCCAGAUUAAGAUGUCUUGUAAGGCCGGAAUUUCACAGUUUGGUACCAGCUGAGCUCGGCAAAUAUUCAGCGUAAAGCCAUCCCCGUACUGCAUGCGGUACCCCGCGUUGGCACAGCUCGGAUGUGCCAGUGGAAAACGAACGAGGGGGGGGGGGUAAUUGACGUCAUCUUUCAGGGUUUUUACUUGAGGCUGCUAAUAUUUCUCGCUUGCGAUCGAUGUAACAUUUACUAAUGGAAAAAUGUGUUCAUCUCAUGGCGUGACGCCGAUGUAAAUUGGUUUGAAGAACACGUGGCUUCUGUGCCAGCGCAAAUCCCGCGUGUCCGUCUCGGUCAGCUGGUAAACAAUAACCUUCCUUCGCUGGUCGUGCGGUGAAACAAUCGCCCUUCUGGAAUUAAUAUUUUGUACAUUUUCCUGUUGGUACUGCUAUUUUGUUCCGUUGUGAUUACAUGCAUUGUCGGACACUUUUUUUGUUUGUAUUAAUGUUGGUUUGCAGAUUAACACGCCUAACUUAUAAACAUUUACCAUGUAGUUGAAAUGACAAAAUGAGAGACAAUAAAGGACACGGGGAUGUUUAUGUAUACGUUG